GUAAGAGGCUGUUAGGUAGGCCAUUACACGGCACAAGCCACAGCAGGCUACACAAGCCAAGCUACCCCGCGAUUUACGAUUUAGCGUAACCAGUUCCAGUUAAGAGUUAAGUAAAGAAAUCAAUUAAAAAGUUCAAGUCGCGUAAUCCAACAUUUUAAACGCGUCUCCUACUUGACCAACUAGACCCUUCCUAUCACCUAAAUCACCUCCUCCUCCUCCUUCCACGAGACACCGCCUUAUACCACAGACAAUGGCUAGCUACGGCGGAUACGGCGCGACGACCGGCGGCAACGACGGGGGGUUCUUCGGGGGCUCCCAGAGCGGGAGCCAAGCGGCGAACGCGGUGAGCGAAGAUUCGCUGCGGCCGGUGACGGUAAAGCAAAUCAUCGACGCGGAGCAGUCCUUCAACCGGGAGAACAGCUUCCGGAUCGACGGCGCCGACGUCUCCCAGGUCACCUUCGUCGGCAUGGUCCGCCAGAUCAGCCCCCAGACCACCAACAUCACGUACCGCCUCGACGACGGCACCGGCAUCAUCGAGGUCAAGCAGUGGCUCGACGCCGACCGCCAGGACGACGCUGCCCACAACCCCUUCCACGAGGAGCAGUACGUCCGCGUCUGGGGCCGCCUUCGCAGUUUCGGUAACAAGCGCCACGUCGGCGUCCACGUCAUCAAGCCCGUCACCGACUUCAACGAGGUCAACUACCACCUGCUCGAAGCUACUUACGUGCACCUGUUCUUCACCCGUGGUGCGUUAGGCGGCGGCGGCGGCGGCGAUGGAAAUGCCGCCGAGGACGAUAGCAUGUUCGUCGAGAACAACGAUGCCAUGUUCCUACAAGGCGCGUCGGUCAAAGCACGGAAGAUGUACCAAUACCUUAACCAGUCGAAGAGCGGGGAGGGUACCAACAUGCACGUCAUAGCCAAGGAGACAGGCAUGACGAUCCAGGAUGUUAUGGCUGCUGCCGAAGAGCUGCUAGGCCACGGCAAGAUCUACACUACUCUCGACGACGAGACAUUUGCCGUCCUGGAAGGGUUUUAAAUUCUUGGUUUCAGUAACGAGUUGCUAUCGAGGCGAAACUUUGUUACAUGUCACGUUCCGGCGUUAUUGGCAUGAUGGAGACUAUAAGGCAUGAGGCGGACAUCAAUCACAUGGGUUUGGCUAAGAAUGGAACCAACGUGUAUAAUGAAUGCUUUCUAGUGUAGAUUAUCUACCUAGAUACGAAGGAUUGACUAAUGACACCUAAAAUGAACCAGAAUUUAAGAUAAUAUGCACCCCUAUCUCCUCCCCCCAAAGAAGUGAAUAGUGGCGACGUACCAAUCCGAGACGAAACUAGAUGGGGCAAAGCACCCGUAACCGUAACGCGGGUAGCGCCGAAAGGCCUAGUAAGGCGGAAACGUGGUAAAUUUCUAAAAGUAAAGGAUUCCCAGAUAUUUGGUCGUCCACUAAAGAGAGUGAGAAAGUAACACCGGGGUUUUCUACCCCACGAGGACCCUAGAAGUAAAAAGAGUAGAAGAGUAAGCAGAAUCAAGAAGCAACCGGAAACUCAGACUUUCAGCAAAUCGAGUAAUUUCGCAUCGCAAGCUAGAUCAUAACUCAUCGACUCCUAUCAACUUCAGCGUCAUCUUCAUCAGUAAUAACAACAGCGGCAAAAAAAAAAAAAAAAA